AUGACAUCAGAUAAACCAUCGUUUCAUAAAGAAGGAAAAUCAACUAUCAAAAUAGUUCACGAUAAUAAGCACAACCCGAAGACACAGAAACGACCCAUUACCCCAAAAGAUAUCCCAUCACAAGCAUCAUCAUCUUUACUGAAACCUCAAGAUUCACCAUUUGUUGAAGAAUUGGUAUUAACUGGACGACCAAAUUGGAAAAAAGCUCCUCAACAAAUCAAACAACGAUAUAAAGGGAUUUAUUUAAUCUUAUUAUCCAUACCAAUAAUUGGAAUAACUACUUUUGAAAUUAUUCAAAGACUUGAAGGGAGAUCUACUAAGAAAAUCCAACAAGGAGAAAGAUUACCUAAUGGAAUUAAUCGAGAUUUCGAUGAACAAGAAAAAAUUAAAGUAGAAAAAGAAUCUAUAAUGUAUAAAAUAUUUGGUAAAGAUUUCUUCUUGGAUGGGUUUACCAGUAAGACAAUAAAGAAUAAUUCAGAAAAGAAAGAGUAG